GUUACCCUGAUGUUAUACCCAUGAUUAGCUGAAUUAAAACUAUAUACAGAAAAACUAUAUGCAAGCUGUGUGCCCAUGUCUCCUUUUUCCAUCCCUAUCUUCUUUUCCAGAAGGAGUGCAGGCUCUGUUGAAACACAAAAUCUGACAUGUGUCCUAGAAUUUCAUCUCGUGGGCUUCUCAGAGGAUCCAACCCUCCAGUCUCUCCUGUUAGUGCUGUUCCUGUCCAUGUACCUGGUCACGGUGCUUGGGAACCUGCUCAUCAUCCUGCUCAUCAUCUCUGACACCCACCUGCACACCCCCAUGUACUUCUUCCUCUGCAACCUGUCCUUGGCUGACAUGGGUUUCACCUCCACCACGGUUCCCAAGAUGAUUGUGGACAUCCACACUCAUAGCAGAGUCAUCUCCUAUAUGGGCUGCCUGAUGCAGAUGUCUCUCUUUCUCAUCUGUGGAUGCAUGGAUGAUUUGAUUCUGACUGUGAUGGCCUAUGACCGGUUUGUCGCCAUCUGUCAUCCACUGCAUUACCAGGUCAUCAUGAACCCCCACCGCUGUGGCUUCUGGGUUACAGUGUCAUUUGUGGCUAGCCUUUUCUAUUCCCUGCUGCACAACUUGAUAUUAUUACCAGUUACCUGCUUCAAGACAGCUGAAAUUUCUAAUUUCUUUUGUGACCCUUCUCAGCUUCUCAAUCUUACAUGUGAUGACACCUUCAAACAUGACAUUGUCAUAUAUCUUAUUGGUAUUGUAUUUGGGUUUUUCCCUAUCUCAGGGAUCCUCUUCUCUUACUAUAAAAUCGUGUCCUCCAUUCUGAGAGUCCCAUCCCCAGACGGGAAGUACAAAGCCUUCUCCACCUGUGGCUCGCACCUGUUGGUCGUUUGCUUAUUUUACGGAUCAGGUUUAGGCAUGUAUCUCAGUGCAUCCUUCUCCACCUCUUCCAGAAAGAGUGCUGUGGUCUCACUGAUGUACACCCUGGUCACCCCCAUGUUGAACCCCUUCAUAUACAGCCUGAGGAACAGGGACAUCAAGAGAGCUCUGCAGAGAAUUAUCAACAGAAUAACAUAAUCUCACUGCCCUUGCUAUCCUUGUGUUCCUAGAACUGAAAUGGACAGCUCCAAGAAGUCCUGAAUCAGUCCUCAUGUCACAGCAUGUGAAGGCAUCUAUCAUCAUCUCCAUGUCUUUUGGGCUUCUUGUUACAUGACCGUUCCUCUCAACAUAUGUGAUGCUAGUGCUGUAGGCUGGGGAUUUAACUUGCUGUGUCACUGUGCAGGCCCCAGGUUGGAGCUCUUAAAAAUCACUACUCUACUUUCCACCUUUCUUUAAUAAAACAUCACUCAUGGUCACUAACCUUAACUACAUUGGAAGUGUGGUGCAUUUCACUCAUCUCUUCUCUCCCACUCAGGCCUCAGUGUUGGAGAGAGCCUCUUCAGUUACCAUUUCUGUUCACACGUUUUUCCUUCUUUGCCUUUGUCCUGCAGAAGCUAUUGGACCCAUUGCCCAUAUUCUGUUCUCUCCAUUAUGAUAAUUGGAUUUGUUUCUGUUUCUUGACUGAUCAAUACAUCAUGACAUGGGGCAAAAGGUAGAGGAUGAGCUGUGAUGGGAGUAUUUAAAAAUGUGCACAAGGGGGUGGCACUGUUUCAUGUUAGGUUAAGCCUCUGCCAGCAGUACUGGCAUCCCAUAGGGUGCUGGUUCGAGUCCUGGCUGCUCCACUUCCAAUGCAGCUUCCUGCUAAUGUCCUGGGAAAUCAGCGGUGGAUGGCCUAAAUGCUUGGGCUCAUGCAUACAUGUUGGAGACCCAGAAGAAGCACCUAGCUCCUGGCUUUGGAUUAGCCCAUCUGCAGCUGUUGCAGCCAUUUGGGGAGUGAAUCAGUGAAUGGAAGAUCUGUCACUCCUUCUCUUUCUGUAACUCUGCCUUUUGAAUAAAAUAAAUAAAUCGUAAUUUUUUUUUCAUGUGCUCAAGAAAUCAAGCCAGUUUUCAAUAUCAGUCUUCUCAUAAACACAAAAGAGGCAGAAUUUAGGGUCUUCUCAUUUCUGUUGAUGACACUCAUAAUUUGAGGUGGGUGUUAGUGCCAUGUGGGAUGCCUGUAUCCUAUACUGUGGGGCCUGGUUUUUUAUCUUAGCUCCACUCUGAUUCUGAAUUCCUACUAAUGUGCAUCCUUGGAGGCAGCAGGUGAUAACUCAAGCAGUUGGGUCCCUGCCACACACGUGGGAGAUGUGGACUGAGUUCCUAGCUUCCGGCUUUGGCCUGGCCCAGCCUUGGCUGCUGUGGGCAUUUAGGAAGUGAACCAGUGGAUGGAUAACAUUGCUCUCUUAAUCUCAGUCUUUUCCUUUCAAAUAAAAUAAAUUUUUACAACUAAAAAGGAACAUUCUUCAUGUGAGGGAAAAACAGCAAAUGUCUUAUUUUAUGUGCCAACAUAACUCUCCUGGGUUUCACACAGUAUGUCUGGCAGGUGAGAACCUUAGUUUUGUUUUAAAGAAGGUUUGCUUAUUUGAAAGGGAGAGAGACAGAGAGACAGAGACACACACACAGAGACACACACAGAGAGAGACACACACACACACAAAGAGACACAGAGAGAGACACAGAGAGAUCUUCUGUCUGUUGGUUCACUGCCCAUAAGGCUGCAAUGGCUGGGCUACGUCAGUCCAGAGCCAGGAGCCUGGAAUUCCAUCCUGGUCUCCCAUGUGAGUGUCACGGGUCCAGGCACUCAGACCACCUUCCACUGCUUC